CCUCUGCUGUGGGAUGUAACUCUGCACCGGGAUGGGGAGGAGAAGGGAGGAGGGCCAGAGCCGAGGAGCUUAGAGAGUGAGUGAAUGAAGAAAGAGAGAAGCAAGACAUAAACAAUAAUGUGGACACUGCUGCAUGGACUGACAGUCCUAAGAGAACCCAUGGACGUGGCUGCUGUUUGGACCUUUUCACCGUAGAGGAACAGGAAAAAGCUUUUGUGUUUCCCAUUGAGAUUCAUCAUGUACCAAAUGUUUCUGACAGCUCAGACGACAUGGACCAUCUGAGCAGGAAUAUAGCGGAACCCGGGCGACAGACACACCAGGUCUUACAGAGUACUCCGUUGGACCUCAUUGAGACAGGCAAGUCCUUGAAAGUCCAGGCAGAGCGCCCUCACCUGGUUAGUUUGGGAAGUGGACGCUUGAGCACGGCCAUCACUUUGCUUCCGCUGCCUGAAGGAAAAACCACUGUGGGCAGUGAGAGCACAGAUAUCUCUCUACAGGGCCCCGGAAUCGCCGCUCAUCACUGCUACAUUGAAAACCAGGCUGGCAGCAUCACUUUGCACCCAUGUGGAAACAAAUGCUGUGUGGACGGCCUUCCCAUCACCGACCCUUACCGGCUGACUCAAGGGUGCAUGUUGUGUUUUGGUCAGUCAGCUUUUUUUCGCUUCAACCACCCAGAAGAGGCUCAAAGGAUGAAGAAUAUGCUGCCAGCAGGAAGCCAUGGAUGGAACACAACUACAGUUCAACCUGAUGACUCCCACAGUGUCCUGAAGGGGAACCACAAGUCUUUUUCAAGUGACAACAGCACCAGGAUCAACAGCGUAGCUAAGAACCUUCAGGACUCUCUGGUGCUAAAAGACUCACAUGAAAAAAUGGCGCAGCAGACUGAUCAUCAUUCUUCUUUUCCAAACAUGUUCAAUGGAAACACGCCUCCAAACAACCCAGUAGCCAUGACAGAGGGCUCCAUCUAUGACAACAUUUCUAUUUUUUCCUCUAAUCAACCAACUGCAUAUGGCAGCCACUCUCCAGUCCAGAAUUUUGGCAACAAAACUCCUCCAGUACCUUCCCGAUCCUGUCAUGCCAAUCAUGGUCCUGUACCUCAUCCACGGACCUCAUUUCCUGUGUUUUUAAGUGUUGUUAAUGGUGGACAGAGAGCCCAGGAAAGUCCUAAAGCUCUUAGGAAUGUAACAUCAGAAGCUAUACCAAGUCCCUCACCACCUAACAGAGGGUCUGGGCAUGGCAUAGACAGCAUCAGCCUAAGUCAUGGACCAGCCACCGUUAAAUUUUCCUCAACAGCUCCCUCUAGCCCUCGACAAAGAGGUUCUUCCUUACAGAGGAGAUUCCCCAGUCCUCAGCGAGAACAUCAUCAGAACCAAUCUCAUGCACAUAUCCCUCUGCAGAGGCUCAGUACUCCAGAGCCUCCUGGUUCCACCAGUUUUCUCCCCAUUAGCUCUUCCAUGGCCUGCAGUGCAAUGCCUGGGUUGCAGGGCUCAGCUUGCACUCUUGCCUCACAGGGUUUUGCUGCUAAACCUGUCCCAAGGAGCCCCCAGAGACACCACAAGUUCACAGCUCUCUCAAAAGGAGAACCAGGGAGGCCAUUGUUUACCCCAAGUCCAUCACAAACAUAUGGGCUGGAGAUUGAUCCCAAAAACAAGCAGCUGAAAUCCAGUGUAGGAAGUUCUUUGUUCUCAGGUGUGAGUUCUUUAUCUGCUUCAUCUCCUCUUGGAAGCCCUCACAGCCAAAGGAAGCCUUCCUGCAUGGCCAUUACAGGAGCCUUCAGUGGGGAACCAAGUUAUAUGAAGCCCUGCACGCGCGAACGCAAGAACAGCAUCUCUGAGAUCAGUGACAAUGAAGAUGAUUUGCUAGAAUACCACCGUUGGCAGAGAGAGGAAAGGCUGCGUGAGCAAGAGAUGGAGAAACUGGAGCGACAGAGACUGGAGUCCAUCCUGAACAUGUGUGCAGAGUUUAACCACGACGACGGCCCCAUGGAGCCGGACCAGGUGCUGAAGAGUGGGCCUAUGGGGGGCGCUAGAGCAAGCUACCCAGACCCAAGUGGGGACACAAGCCUUCAGGGAGUAGACAGAGCCCACAGGGUGGGAGAAACUGAUGAGGAAGCCCAGAGAGAGGAGUCAAGCAGCACAGAGAGCACACAUCAGGAGUGUGAAGAGCUGUUAAACAGCCACAACCACAUGUACCUGGAGGAGGAGAGGAACAGGAUCUUAUCCAGGGUGGAUGACCUGACUCAAAGAGUCGGUGAAAUGGAGCAGCAGCUACGAGAGACCAAACAGGAGGUGGAAAUGGAGCAAGCACUGCUGCAGGCGGAGCGGCAGGUGGAGCAGGAGCAGAUGGAGGCUGAAAACCAAAUCAUCUGUCAGCUCCAACUCAUACUGAGCCAGCUGGACAAGGCCACCCAGAAAGAGAAGGACAAGGGGAGGGCAAAUGUGUCGGCUGAGCGGAAGGUCCUGGAAAAGCAGAGGAAUGAGUACAAUGAGCUGAAGAGGCAGUUUGAUAAGUGCCCGUUGUCUCUAAGAGAACAUUUGCAGGAGCAGCUCAGCAGGAAAGCUGAGGCUUUGGAUUCUGGGACCAAGCAGUUUGAAGAGCUGGAAUUCUGUCAGCUGGAGGAGGAGAGCAGCCUGGAGGAGAAGAAGGAGACUAAGAGUUCACAGCUGCUCCAAGAGAGGGCAGACUAUCACUGCAGCGUGGCCAAGAGGAAGGAGAAGAUGGCAGCUCUGGAUGCUCAAGUGAAGCAGUUGGAGUUACAGUCAGCUCGAGAAUGUGAGAGGAUGGAGAAAGACAAGGCACUGACUCUGCAGCUGUUACACAAGGAGCAGGACAGAUUGUUUGCACUGGAGAAAAAGUACCAUACCUUGACUGGUGGGAAAAACUUUACAACACCCAACAGCAACAUGAAAGAGGAUUUGCUUCAUAUCAGCGAACCUGACCUUGUCUCUAUGGAAGGUGCUAGCCCCUGCCCCUCCUCAGCUUCUUUCUCCUCUUCUCAUAUCCCCUCCCCUGAAUUGUGUUCUGAAACUUUCCCUGUUAAGCUACAAGAGGAGUACCUCAGGCUGUCUGAUGUCUAUAAGAUGUAUGGAAAUGCCUCUGUGCAGCCUCCUCCUGCUGCUCUCCACUGCCUGUCUCUCGCUGUCGCUCCGGCUCUGCAUUGUGAGGAGUACAUAACGGUCAGUCAGUUAAACCAGAUCUUUGGGAUGCAGAGAACCAAUCCACCUUCUUCCACCUCUGUUCCAUCUUUCACACUUGUGGCGUCUGACUCUGACUUCUCGUGCCGCUCGGCUGCAUGCACGUCCUCCUGCUUUCUAUCUGCUCAGAGCCAGCCUGAGCUGAGCAGGAGCAUUCUGCCUCCUAUUAACCUCGAGCGCUGGUACCAGGAAAUCAUGGCUGCUGGAGAGCCUCAGUCAUGUCCUCCACCACUGCCUGCAAAGUCUUUUUCCACACGCAGACACGGGCAGCUGCUGAAGUCCAAAUCAGAAGGUGAGGUUGGCCAGGCAGCAUUGUGUGCACGUGUCUGCAGCUCUGCAGCUCCUCCACAAUCCAGUGGACACAGUCUGGAGAAGAAUGCACACACUAAGGAUUUGCAGCUAGUUUUGGACACCCGGAAGCAGAACAAAGAUCCUUCUCCCAUGGUCCAUCACUCCAUCCUUCAUCACCACUCACCAUCGUGUGGAGCCCAGGCGUACGACACACUGAGCCUCGAAAGCUCAGACAGCCUGGAGACCAGCGUCUCCACCGGCAACUCCGCUUGCUCCCCGGAAAGUCCCAGCGGGCUUGAAGCACAAAGGAUAGAGGAGAUGGAGAAGAUGUUGAAAGAGGCGCAGCAGGAAAAAGCCCAGCUGAUUGAGAACCGAGAGAGGGAGGUGCAGGCUCGGCGGCAGAUGUUGGAGGAGGAGCGGAGGAGACGAGAGGAGGCCGAGAGGAGGUUGGAGGACGAGGCGGCCCACAGGCAUAGGCUGGUGGAGGAGGAGGUGAAGAUGAGAGAGAAACACUUCUCGCAGGCUCGUCCAAUGACACGCUAUCUGCCCAACCUGAAGGAGGAGUUUGACCUUCGUGCACAUGUGGAGUCGUCAGGUCACAGCAUUGACACCUGCCCUUAUGUCAUUCUGACCGAAAAAAUGUGCAAGGGCCACCUGGUGAAGAUGGGUGGCAAAAUCAAAUCAUGGAAGAAGCGAUGGUUUGUUUUUGACCGUCUCAAGAGGAACUUCUGUUACUACGUGGACAAGCAUGAGACCAAGCUGAAAGGGCUCAUUUAUUUUCAGGCUAUUGAAGAGGUUUAUUACGACCACCUGCGCAGUGCCACAAAGAGUCCAAAUCCAUCUUUGACCUUUUGUGUGAAAACUCAUGACCGCCUUUACUACAUGGUGGCUCCAUCCCCUGAGGCCAUGAGGAUCUGGAUGGACGUCAUAGUAACGGGUGCUGAGGGCUACACGCAGUUCAUGAGCUGAGGGACCACCAGGGGAAGGGGGGUGGGAGGCAGAUGUGUCGGAUACAGACACCUGCAACCUCAAUGAUCUCUGCCGCCUGGAGCCGAACCUAUUAUAAGCAGGAUUACAGCGUGUAAUGAUCUGAAACCUCACUGGUGACAAAGGUCAAAGAAAUUCUGAGGUGUGUUCAUCUUUCUGAAGUUAAACGCCGACUAACUCAAACACACUGAGUUUGUCUCACCAAAGCGGAUUAAUGAUAAAGUGGCUAAAGAAGAAACACUGAGGAUUUCUUAUUCUUCAUACAAACUGUUUUCACCGCUGAGGCCAAUCUGCACCUGCUGCGUUAACUAACUGAUGUGUCCUCUUUUCACAUUUGAAGAGUUCAUUUGCAAAGCAAACAUACGUAGACAUUAAAAUAAAUAAAUAAAUAAAAUAAAUACAUAAUUAAAAUGCUUUAAAAACAGAUUUAUUUUACAGAUUUUUUCAAAAGCAACAAAACAUUUUUUGUAAUAAUUUCUGCAACAGCUGCAUCUCUUUUUACAAAUGAACUAUGUUCUUUACUCAAGCUCCUUAUAAAAAGUGUUUCAUGCCACUAUGCAACGAUGAUCAUCAACGCAGUAAACAUUUUACAUAGUGAACAUGCAGACACUAAUAAAUCAAGAUUCUCAUUUGAGACAUUGCUUGCUGCCAAAUACUGAAUUUUUCAUUCUGCAUUUUACAGUUUACAAAACUUUUUUAUAUAUUGUUUCAAAGCAAACAGCACAACAUUAUUUAAUGUUUUUUUUUAAUAUAUAUGUAUAUUUAUUAGCAUUUUAAUGAAAUGUACACUUGAAAUUAUAGUCCUAUAUCAUUACUGUCAAAGUAACAUGUAGUUCUAUUAAUAAAAAAGGUUGGUGUAUG